ACCGUGUCGACUUCAGUCGUUCUCGUUGCAAUUCGAUCAAAAGUUGGGGAGUAGGCCUCGAUCGGUCGCCAUGGAUCUGCGGCUUCGACCGCUGCAGCAGCCCUUCAUCGAGGCUGUCCGAUCGGGGGACGUCGACGCCGCCCGACGCGUCCUGGAGGGCGUCGAGGACCCGGACGCGGCCGCCGCCCUGGCGAUCGCGCGGACGGAGGCCGGUGAGACCGCGCUGUACAUCGCGGCGGAGAGCAACUCGGUGGAGCUAUUCCGGUAUCUCCUCCGCUUCUAUGACUUCGACGCCGCCGUCAUCCGCUCCCGCGUCGACCUCGACGCUUUUCAUGUCGCCGCCAAGCACGGGCACACCGUGAUUGUUAAAGAGCUGCUGAGCAACUGGCCUGAUGUCUGCAGACAAUGUAACUCAUCAAAUACUACUGCUCUUUAUUCAGCUGCGGUCAUGGAUCAUUUGGAGGUGGUGAAUUCCAUACUAGAUGUGGAUGAUACCACAAUAAGAAUCGUGAGAAAGAAUGGGAAAACUGCACUGCACACUGCUGCUAGAGUUGGUUAUUAUCAAAUUGUGAAAGCACUUCUUCUGAGAGAUCCGGGAGUAGUUUCUAUAAAGGAUAAAAAGGGACAGACUGCAUUACAUAUGGCUGUAAAAGGUCGCAGUCUAGAUGUUGUGGAGGAGUUACUGCAAGCUGAUAUUUCUACUCUGAACAUGUGUGACAAGAAAGGAAACACAGCUAUGCAUAUAGCCACCAGGAAAUGGCGUCCACAGAUGGUACGGCUUCUUUUGUGCUAUGAGACUAUCGAGGUGAAUAAGAUCAAUAAUCAGAAUGAAACUGCAAUGGACUUGGCUGAAAAGAUCCCGUAUGGUGAUUCUCAGAUGGAUAUUAUGGAAAGUCUUUCAGAAGCUGGUGCCAAACAUGCAAGGAAUGUUGGCAAGAACGACGAGGAGCUGCGGAGAACUGUCAGCGAUAUUAAGCAUGAUGUCCACACCCAGUCCAUUCAGAAUGAUAAAACAAACAAGCAUGUGACAGGCAUAGCAAAAGAGCUUAGAAAAUUACAUCACGAAGCUGUUCAGAAUACCAUCAACUCUGUGACAAUGGUAGCAGUUCUAAUCGGAUCCAUUGCAUUUAUGGCCAUAUUCAAUUUGCCUGGUCAAUAUUUCCAAGAUGGAGAUGAAGUAGGCAAGGCCAAUAUAGCUGACAAAAUGGGCUUUCGUGUGUUCUGCCUCUUAAAUGCCACUGCAUUGUUCAUUUCACUUGCUGUCGUCGUGGUUCAGAUCACUUUGGUCGCAUGGGAAACAGGUGCUCAGAAGCAGGUCGUUUCCAUAGUAAACAAGCUCAUGUGGACUGCCUGCCUCAGUACUUGCGCAGCUUUCCUCUCUCUAUCUUACGUGGUCGUGGGGAAGCAAUCAUCCUGGAUGGCAACAACAAUAACUGCAAUCGGAGGUCCUAUCAUGGCUGGCACCCUGUUGACGAUGAGUUAUUUUGUUCUUCGACAGCGUUUCCGAUUUGGCGAAGACUCUCAAAGGCGAAUCAGAAGGGCCAGCGGCAGCAAGUCCUUCUCCUGGUCCCUUCACUCUGGUUUCUCAGAUCCAGAUGCCUUAUCCGAACACGAGAAGAAGAUAUAUGCUCUUUAGCUCUGACAUCAGAAAUAAUCAGACCAGCAAUCACUAAACCCGCCUUGUACAUGCCCAUUGAGCUUGCCACCCGUGUGAUGACUUAGCCAUCAAGAGCCGUGCUUUCGCCUUUCCGUUUAGCCAAGCCAUGGAGUACAAAUAAGGAACCUAUGAACUAUGCAAGGUCUCUUACCAGGUAAUCCUUGCCAUCAUUUAGGAAAUAAUGAGCUUCCAUUUUAACAACUUAAUACUUCAUGAAAAUUAAGGUUGCUAUGGUGCCAUCAAAUAGAUUUGUAAUAUAUUGAACUAAAUUCCAUGGUUCCUUUCCACCCUUAUUGUAUAAAAUACAAAUACUAUCCAUUGUGUACAUCUAUUCGGUAUUUUUCAUCAUGAUCAACAUCUUAAGUUGUGGUUGUUCUAA